GCCCGCGGGGCCGGGCAGCGGCGGGACGCGAGGAGAGCCGAGGCACGGGGCAUGGAGCAGUACUUCUCGGCCACGCAGAAGAUGGAGCAGGAGGUGAUGUUCCCCAGCCUGCUGCGAGGGGUCUUCCCGCAGGACGGCACCGACCCAGCCGCCGGCGGCCCCGCGGACCUGUAUGAGCGCUACCAGCUCCUCAAGGCCAUCAAGCCCGUGGUGGAGCGAGGCCUGGCCUCCGUCACCGAGCGUGGCUCCGCCGGCGACUCUGACUCCAACUCCGACGCCGACGACGCCGCGGCAUCAGCCGACGGGGCGGACGGCAGCCUGGAGCAGCGGCUGUGCCACCACCUGGCCGGACUGCAGCAGAUCCUCAGCCACCUCACCAGGGACACCACCGCCCUCACGCGCCGCUACAGCCAGAUCCUGGAGCGGAUCAGCCCCAGCGACGCGCAGCCCAGCUGGUGACCCCGCGUCCCCACGGAAGAGCCGGCGGUGCCGUUCCGCGGUGCCCCGCGGCGCUGCCCGGCUCCGCCGUCCGCUCCGUUCUCGGGCCUCGAACUCUCGCCGAGCUCGGACGGAGCCGCGCGGCGCCGGCGCCUUCGGGCUGGAUCCCGGAGCCGCGCGUCGCUCCCCUGUCUUUGCUAAUAAAAGGAACUCUCCGCA